AUGCAGGUGAAGGAGGUGACGGUGGCGAAGGAGGUCGUCCCUCCAAACAAGGUAGAGCCAAGAGAGGACGUCCAAGAGGAUCCGGACGGGCUAGUCAAGGAAGGGCUGCUCGAAGACGUGACGGCGAUGAAGGACGUGACGGCGGUGGCGGACGUGACGGCGGUGGAGGCUGUUGUAACUGCCAACAAGGUGGAGCCAAGAGAGGACGUCCAAGAGGAUCCGGACGGGCUAGUCAAGGAAGGGCAGCUCGAGGAGGUGGAGGUCAAAGAAGUGGCGGUCAAACAGGUGGUGGCCAAAGAGGUGGUGGCCAAAGAGGUGGUGGCCAAAGAGGUGGUGGUCGAGGAGGGAUUGUUCAAGGAGCCGCUGGUCGAGGAGGAGGUGGUCGAAGAGGAGGUGGUAGAGGAACAGGUGGUCGAGGAGAGGCUACUCGAGGAGGAGAACAACCGGGUCAGGAAAACAAUGGCUCCCUCGAUGCGUCGGAUGACAGGAUGGACAUUGACAGGAUUGA